CGCGUCUUCUCGAUAGCUCGCGUGAUCACUGGUCUGGAUACCGCACUUCCACGUCCACGGUCUGGCGCAGCAAGCCGCCGCAUGGCGGCGGAGGCAAAGGUGGCGGCAAGCGCGGCAGCAGGCAGGAGUAUCGGGAUGACCGCAGGACUUCCAACUACGGCUACCACGACGUGUACCAGAACCCGCAGACGGCUUACGUGCACGAUGCGCUCGAGAGUGCACGUGAGAUGCAGGCAAAGUUCAAGAGGCGCGAAGAGGAGAAGGCCGCAAAGCGUGAGCGCAAGUCCCUCGCAUCACAUGUGAAGCAUGCGGUCGCGGACAUGUUCAAGGACCAAAUGGGCAUGAAGGCGGGCAAAAAGGGCAAGUCGAAGAAGGUGGUCAAAAAGUCCGGCCUCAAGAAGAAGGUUCCUUCCAGUUCUUGAAGCUCGCUGGCGGGAAAGCGUUGAAGGCGCAGAACAGUGGCGAGAGCAGCAAGAGCAGCAGUGCCAAUUCAAGCACCAGUAGCAGCCGCUCGUCCGCCAGCAUCGACUUCAAGAAGAUUCGCAAGAUCAUGGCGAAGAAAGUGUACCAGGACAAAGUCAACAAAUCGCAAAUGGAGCAGAUGAUGAAGCUGCUCGCCAGACUGAACCAGGUUUCCGAUGAGGAUGACUUCUCCCUGGACGCAUCCUCGAGCGAAGGGCCAGCCCACGACAUGCAGAAAAUGAUGAAGACACUCAUGGAGCAUCAGAAAGCCCAGUCGGGAGACAACUCUUCGGCGGCGCUCCCGACGACCAAAUGCAUGGAUGAGAUGCUGGCCAUGAUGAAAACGUUCGUGAAGAACCACGGGGGCAAGCACGCGCCCAAAGCGAAGGCAAAGCAGGCGGUCGUGCGCACACUCACGUUGCCUGCAGCCGAUGUGGAGGAACCUGAGGAUGACGAGGUUACUGAAGCGAUGAAGCACGUGGCCGAGGUGUUGCUCCCGAAGGUUGACUUCGCGGACUGGCCGUCCACGGGCGAGGAGUACAUGGAGAAGAUCGUUGAAGAUGGCAACGGCGUCACGCACACCGUGUUGAAUCGGAUCCUCAAAGACAACAAGCCGUCCACCAGCAGUGGCGAAGACAAGAUGUCAAAAGUCAAGCAGCUGGUUCAACGCGUGGCGGGCCAGUAGACCAGAACAAAAAAUAACC